UUUUGUUUGUUUACAGUCCACAACUGUAGAUACGACACCGUGGAUCUGAAAUGUCCUGUCUGUCAGACUUCAAAACGACGACGAUGUGUAUCAAAAUACACCAGCAGUAAGGAAUGCAGUUACACUGGUCAAUGUACUGUUGACCCUAAUAAGCCACAACACACAGAAACUGUUCUUACUAUUAUCAUCAAUGGCAAAGACCAGCAGAGCCUUCUGGACAAGUUCAAAUUAAAACCUGAAAAUUGGGAAUGUUCAGGAUGCUACUGUAGGAACGAAGCAGAUGUUUUGAAAUGUCCAGCCUGCCAGACUCUGAAACCCGGAGUAAAACAGGAUGAAGUUUCAGCUCAGACUGGGAAAAUAUCUACAGGAGGUUUCCAGUUUGGUACUGCUGGAGGGUUUACAUUCGGGACGAAGACCACACAACCCAAAGAAACAAAAGCUGCUCCUGUAGCUGAAGGUAAAGAGAUUUCCUUUGCUGACAAGUUCAAGCCAAAGCCUGGAAGUUGGGAAUGUUCGGGUUGUUGCAUCAGCAAUGAUGCUAAUAUCCUUCAGUGUUCAGUGUGUCAGACAUUAAAAUGGGGAAUUAAGAAAGAGGACAUUGAGCAGAAAUCUCAAAGUCAAACAGAGGCUAUUUUAGGUGAAGGUUGUUUACAAUUUGGACGUGCUGGAGGAUUCACGUUUCGAGUCAACAAACCACAAUCAAAGGACCAGCCAACUGAUUCUUUGUUCAAAGCAAAUAAACCAGAAACAAUGACUGCAGAUUCAAAGGGUCCACUGUCGUCUGGAGGAUUCACGUUUCAAGUCAACAAACCUCAGUCAAAGGACAAGCCAGCUGAUUCUUUGUUCAAAGCAAAUAAACCAGAAACAACUUCAGAUUCAGAGGGUCCACUGUCGUCUGGAGGAUUCACGUUUCAAGUCAACAAAGUACAAUCAAGGGAGCAGCCAGCUGAUUCUUUGUUCAAAGCAAAUAAACCAGAAACAACGACUGCAGAUUCAAAGGGUCCACUGUCGUCUGGAGAAUUCACGUUUCGAGUCAACAAACCACAAUCAAAGGACCAUCCAGCUGAUUCUUUAUUCAAAGCAAAUACAUUAGAAACAACGACUGCAGAUUCAAAGGGUCCACUGUCGUCUGGAGAAUUCACGUUUCGAGUCAACAAACCAGAAUCAAAGGACCAGCCAGCUGAUUUUUUAUUCAAAGCAAAUAAACCAGGAACAACGACUGCAGAUUCAAAGGGUCCACUGUCGUCUGGAGAAUUCACGUUUCAAGUCAACAAACCACAAUCAAAGGACCAGCCAGCUGAUUCAUUGUUCAAAGCAAAUAAACCAGAAACAACGACUGUAGAUUCAAAGGGUCCACUGUCAUCUGGAGGAUUCUGUUUUGGCAUCCAGCCCAAAUUGGUAGAGACAAAGCCUGAACCUUUACCGAAAGGAUACAGCUGUGCAUCCGCGGUGCUUGCUCACCAAAAACUGAGCUCAGCCUCGGUCAAAUUCAGUUUUGCCCUUGCAACGAAGACUGGAGGUUUUAACGUUGGAAGUGUAGGUGUAUCUGCUUGGGAACCUUCUAGAGGGUUUAGCUCUAUGCCCGAAAAUACACAAUCCAAAGACACUGUUGUAACCAUUGGCAUCAAAGACAAAUAUCAGCAGUUUGGUACUUCAGGAGGGUUUAGUUUCGCGGUCAAGAUCACACAACCCAAAGAAACGAAAGUUUCUACUGCUGCUGCUGCUAACAAAAUAUUUUACUUUGCUGAUAAGUUUAAGCCAGAUACCGAAAGUUGGACAUGUACAUGUUGUUACUGCAGGAAUGAUGCUAAUGUCCUUCAGUGUGCAGCUUGUCAGACAUUAAAACCAAGAACAGAAAAAAACAUUCAGCAGAAAUCUCAAAGUCAAUCAGGGACUAUUUUAGGUGGUGGUUUACAAUCUGGAAUUACUGGGAGAUUCACGUUUGAUGUCCAGCCAACCGAUUUUUUGUUCCAAAUAAAUAAACCAGAAACAAAGACAGUGGAUUCAAAGGGACCACCAUCACUUGGCGGAUUCACUUCUGGCACCAAGGCUACACAAGUCACAAAAAUAAAAACAGCUCCUAUUGCCGAUGGUAACCAAAUAUCCUUUGCUGACAAGUUCCAGCCAAAACCUGGAAGUUGGGAAUGCACGGGUUGUUACUACAAGCAUGAUGCUAAUGUCCUUCAGUGUUCAGCUUGUCGGAUAUUAAAGCCAGGAACAAAGGAAGACGAUAUUUGGCAGAAAUCUCAAAGUCAAUCGGGGACUGUUUUAGGUGUUAGUGGUUUACAAUUUGGAAGUGCUGAGAGAUCCACGUUUGGUGUCAGCAAGCCUCAAUUGAACGUCUAUCCAACCAACUCUUUGUUCAAAACACAGACAGGGGUUUCAAAGGGUCCCCUAUGAUUCAGAUGAUUCACUUCUGGGACCAAGGCUACACAACUCAAAUAAACAAAACCAGCUCCUACUGCUGAAGUUAAAGAGAUUUUCUCUGCUGACAAGUUGAAGCCAAAACCUGAAAGUUGCGAAUGUUCUGGGACCAAGGCUACAUAAUUCAAAGAAACCAAAUUUGCUCCUACUGCCGAAGGUAAAGAUAUUUCUUUUGCUGACAAGUUCAAGCCAAAACCUCAAUUAAUAACCAGCCAACCGAUUCUUUGUUCAAAACAUAUAAAUCAGAGACUGGAUUCAAAAGGUUCACUACCAUUUGAAGAAUGUAUAUUUGGCAUGAAGCCCAUAUUCCCCGAGACAAAAACCUGAAUUUUUACUAAAACUAUCCUCAUUCAGAGUUCGAUGCACUGUAGACGAAGAUAGCAAGGAUAGUUCCUUCACUGAUAAGUUCAAACCGAAACCUGAGAGUUGGGAAUGUUUAGGCUGUUAUUGUAUACAUGAUGCAGGCGUUCUGAAAUGUCCUGCCUAUCAGACAGACGAGCAAAGUGUUGCUGACAAGUUCAAACCUAAACCUGGCAGCUUAGAAAUGACAGGUGCCCCUCUGGGUCCGCAUUUUUGUAGUAAUACUCUAAUACAAAGUAUUGAUAAUAACAAAGGAUUAUCCAUAAUAUCAAAUUUUCAAGCAAUAUGUCAUCGUAAAAUCGAUAGAAAAGUGAUUUCUCCAAUCGAAACGACUCGUCCGAUUCCAAAUAUAGUAGAAACCGUAAUUGGCCGAGGUUUUUCCUGAACAUAUUGACAUUCAGUAUAAUUCGGCUUGUUCUUCAGAUAUAUGGAAGCAUUCGAAAAUGGAAUUUCGCGAGAAAACGAGGCUACGCAAAUGGGACAUGAGAGGCUGGGCCGCGUUGUCGACAACAAAUCUGCUUUCAGCGCCAUCGAGUAGCGCUGCUCUUAGUGGCCUACACAAAACUGUCGAAACCUAGCCACGCGUUCUCUUUUUCGGCAGUCGGUGAUAGUAUAACGGCAUAGAAAUUAACAAAACUACUGUUAAUAGCUGGACGUUGCACUGACUUUUACUGGUGAUUCUUCUAUACCCGUGCCUUUUUAAAACGUUUUUAGUGAAAAAUUAAUUCAUGGUAUUGUGAAUAAACACUAUAUAUUUUAAA